CCGCACGGAAGUACCAGAUGCUGCACUGGCAGGACUGCCUCCCUGUCCUCACCCUUUGUUGAUUAUAUUAGCUGACGGCAGUUUACUAUUUCAGGUCUAGCCUGCAUCGUUUUAAACUAAACCCCACUCUCCUCGCUGCCAGGGCAUGUUAUGGCUCCAGGGCAGAUUUAAAGUGACGCGUUUUGCUUCAUAUUCAUCCUAAAAUCGAUCGGGUUUCACCGGAUUGGCCGAGGCAAAUGCCACUCUAUGAACUGUUCCAGCGUGCAUGACUCUCGGUAUAAACAGCAUGGCCAUUGCACAUUCCAGCUGGUCUAAAUAUAUCUAUUAAGGCCACAAGAGGGGGAGGACUGUUGAAAGGGGUUUAUCCUGGGACGGUUCACUGUCGUGGUGGACUCGCACCACUUGAAUCACCUUCCUGAGAUUGACAAUCGUUUUUUUAGCACCUGCAGAGGAGAACUUGGCCCUAUUCAAACAUGCCAUCUAGUCACACUGUGAGAGCCAGGGCGAGGGAGAGAAACAGCGUCCUGAGCAGACCUGAGUUUCUGUCUCUGAACCAGCCCCUGCGCAGCGGCGGCGGGCCCCCUGAGAGCCGAGGGGGCGCGAGGAGACCCGGUCCGAUCAAGCACCAAACAAGCCAGCCGAGUGAGGAACCGGUCGAGCCCAGCAAGUUGCCCGAAGAAGACUGUAUGCUGCUGAACCCCUCUUUCAAGGGAAUCGCGAAGAACUCCCUCCUCGCCAUAGACAUCUGCCUGUCUAAGCGCAUGGGGGUUUGCGCGUACACGUACUCGUCCUGUGGAGGCUGCCGCUCCAUGGUGUCCCUAAUGUCGUUCACAGGCCACGGCAUCACGUGGAUCAUUGGCACUCUCCUGUGUCUCACGAGGAGUAACACUCUGGCAGGGCAGGAGGUCCUGGUCAACCUGCUGCUUGCCCUCAUUGUUGAUGUCCUGACUGUGGCUGGCGUCCAGAGACUGGUGAAGCGCAGAGGACCCUGGGAGAUGAUGCCGAGCUUGUUGGACUGCGUUGCCAUGGACCUCUACUCCUUCCCAGCUGCUCACGCUAGCCGGGCCGCCAUGGUUUCCAAGUUCCUGCUGUCUCACCUGGUCCUGGCUGUGCCGCUACGCAUCCUGCUCGUGCUGUGGGCCGUUCUGGUGGGCAUGUCCCGUGUGCUGCUGGGAAAACACCACCUAACUGAUAUGGUGUGCGGCUUCGCGCUGGGGUUGCUCCACUUCAGCUUGAUGGAGACAGUUUGGCUCUCAUCAAGCACCUGUCAGACUAUUAUUUCUAUCGGCACGUUCAGCUGGAGCCCUUUUUUCUGAGUUUUUGAUAUAAUUCUAUGCUAGCGCUCAAGGCUAAUUUGAUACACUAAUCUCACAGUUAUAAGGACUCAGGUGAAGUUUUUUUUGCAAGCUCCAAAGUUCUUAUCGCAGGGUGUGACCUGAACAUUUAGAUUUUUGGAAUCAAAGGCUGGCUUGCAUGUAACACCCAGGACAGGCAUGUCACAAAACUUCAUAAUGCUUUACAAAUCCUAGCAUCUUCAAUCAAACCUACUAAAACAAACUUAUAUAUCUGCUUAAUUUCAAAUAAGUCCUUAUAUUAAUGCAACAAUUCAUACUUUUUGACUGGUCAAAUUGCACAUGUAGGAUUUUCUUUCUCUUUCUUUUUUAUACUCAUGCAGUAUGAAAACUGGUAUAAUUGCAACUCUUUCUAUUCAACAAAUUCUCUCUUGAUUCUGUGUGCCUCUUCCUCUUUGCCAUUUUACUUCCUUUUACUUCCUCCUUCCCUGCUAUCUCUUUCUCUUUUCUCAAUUGUUCUUAAUAAUUGUGCUUUUAUUUUUGAAAUAGUGAUAUGCUUUAACCGUGUUGGACACUGAUUAGCUUGGUGUAAGACUUUAAUAUUGAAUGUAACAAUAACAUAUAUAAAGUGAUGGUUGUUUGGAUAUUUUGAUAAUUGUUUCUGAUUGGCAUGACUAUUGGAUUCUGUUUUAACUGAAUGUUGAUUCAACUAAUUUCGAUACCUCUGAAUUGAUCUGCUUGUGUAAAACGAAUGACACCAUUUUUGCAACUAUAACUUUUUACGUGCCAUUUAUGAUUUACUGAGUCUAACCCUCUUUUUGUUUCCUAGCAGAUAUGUUCUCACUUCUGUACCUCAGCUUAACACAUGCUAAUGCAGUGAUGCUAAUUAUAUGCCCAUAAAACUAAUGAAUUAACAGAUGUUCUCUCUUUUUCAAAUGUGUAUUUGUAUGGAUCCUUGAAUAAAACUUGCUGUUUUUUGUGAGAAACUUUUAAUUGGUUUGGUGUGUAAAUACAGUUUUGUCUUCAUUAGUUUGCUUUGUUCUGUACAGAGAUCUGUCCGGUUUUUACUUUGUACUUUUUCCAUCUCAUUAAUAAAACGAGGUGGGCUCUCA